AUGAAGAUAGGAAACCACACCAGUGUUUCUGAGUUCCUCCUCCUUGGUUUCCCUGAACAGCAGGCCCGGCAGCCUCUCCUCUUCUGCACCUUCCUGGUUCUUUACCUGGUCACUGUGGCAGGAAAUAUUCUCAUCAUCCUCACAAUUGGCUUGGAUUCACACCUCUACACCCCCAUGUACUUCUUCCUGGCCAACUUCUCCCUCACUGAUCUGUGUUUAUCAUCGACUACAGUUCCCCAAAUGCUGGUGAACAUCCACACUCAGAGACAUACUAUUCCCUACGCUGGAUGCCUCUCCCAGAUCUACUUCUUCCUGUGGUUUAUUGGUCUAGAUGUUUUCCUCCUAGCAGUGAUGGCUUAUGACCGGCUUGUGGCUGUUUGCCACCCCCUUCACUAUGCCUUGGUCAUGAGUCCCAGGUGCUGUGUCCUCAUGGUGGGCAUGUCCUUGGUCCUUGCUCAUUCCUACUCUCUAACCCACACCAUUCUCCUGGCUCAGUUACACUUCUGCACUGACAACAUCAUCCCCCACUUCUUUUGUGAACUUCUCCCGUUGUUAAAGCUCUCUUGUUCCAGUACUUAUGCCAACCAAUGUGUGCUGAUGUACUGGGGAGGGGCAUUAACCAUCCUGAUCCCCCUGCUAAUCAUGAUCUCCUAUAUCCGCAUUGUGGCUGCCAUUAUGAGAGUCCCAUCAGCAAGUGGCAAGUGGAAGGCCUUCUCCACCUGUGGCUCCCAUCUUUCGGCUGUUUGUCUGUUCUACAUGUCUGCUAUUGGGGUGUAUUUCAUUCCCUCCACUGAUGAUUCGGCCAGCAAGGACAGGAUGGCAGCAGUGAUGUAUGCUGUGGUCACCCCCAUGCUGAAUCCAUUCAUCUACAGCCUGAGAAACAAAGACAUGAAGCAGGCCUUGGGGAGACUGCUGAGGGGGAAGGCACUGAAAUCUCUGUGA